UGCGAGCGGAUCUCGACUUGGUCUUGACUCCUCCGGUGCGAGCGGGACGGCGAGCUUCCACGCUGCGCUCCCGCCAGUGAAAUGUGCGUGCUGCGUGCUCUGUCGGUGCUUCCAGGCGGCGAGCGAACCAAGCCCGGCUAGAGGAGCGAGCCGCCGCCCCGCGGCCUCCAGGCCGCACAUGCCGCUCGCCUGCGCCUCACCGACUCGGCCUGACUCGACAGCCGGAGCGGAGCCGCGGGCAGAGGCCAAGAUGGCGGCCGGCGGAUUCUCGGAUCUGCGGGAGAAGCUGCAGUCCAUGAGCCCGCACGCAGCCAGCGACGGCAAGACUCGCAAGCGCCGCCACCGGGACUCGGACUCGGACGAGUGCGAGCACAGCGACGACAGCGCGGAGCUCCGGGAGCGGGAGGCCGAGCGCGUGAGGAGCAGCGUCCUGCAGCGCAGCGUCUUCGGCCCGCACGAGUGCGUCCGCAUCGAGCAGCGGAUCGACGAGGUGGUGGCCAGCGGAGAGGCCGGCCUCUACCGCGAGCACACGGUGGACCGGGCGCCGCUGCGGAACAAGUACUUCUUCGGGGAGGGCUACACGUACGGCGCCCAGCUGGAGAAGCGAGGCCCGGGCCAGGAGCGCCUCUACCGCAAGGGCGAGGUGGACGAGAUCCCGGAGUGGGUGCACGAGCUGGUGAUCCGGCCGCUGGUGAGCGCCGGCCUCAUCCCCGACGGCUUCGUCGACAGCGCCGUCAUCAACGACUACCAGCCGGGCGGCUGCAUCGUGUCGCACGUGGACCCGCUGCACAUCUUCGCGCGGCCCAUCGUGUCCGUGUCCUUCUUCAGCGACAGCGCGCUCUGCUUCGGCUGCCGCUUCCAGUUCAAGCCCAUCCGCGUGUCCGAGCCGGUCUUCGUCCUGCCGGUGCGCAGGGGCAGCGUCACGGUGCUGAGCGGCUACGCUGCCGACGACAUCACGCACUGCAUCCGGCCACAGGACAUCAAGGAGCGACGGGCCGUCAUCAUCCUGCGCAAGACCAGGCCUGACGCGCCGCGGCUGGACGCCGACGGUCCCCUCAACUCCCCCAGCCAGAGACCUGCUCCGCUCAAAGCCAAGCGCUCCCACCGCAAGGCCGCGCCGGACGCCGCGCACAGGCCCCGGGUGCUGGAGAUGGACAAGGAAGAGAACCGACGGCCCUCCGUCUCUCAGCUGCGGCGCCGCAGCGGCGAGAACUACUGGAGGAGGGAGCGAGGGGCGGAGCACGGCCGACACCGCGACAGCUCGGGACGCAAAGUCAAAAUGAGGCGUCACUGAGAGGCGCACGGACUGAGGUGUGUGUGGAUCUGGGCUCCACACCUGAGCUCUGACCUCUGACCUGGGGAGGAGGCAGCAGCGGCGUGAGCCUUUUGUAAGCAGAUCUCACUUGUUACAUUGUAAAGAGUUGGUUCAACUUUGACCCAGGAACUUUUCCCCUUUGGAGUCUUGAGUUUGUUUGUGAGCUUGAGGAGCAGCGGUGCGACUGUUGCCGUGGCGACGAGGCCCCGCUCUCUCAGCUGUUUCUUCCAGAGUUUUGCGUUUGUUGCUUUCUGGCCGAGUGAACGUCUCAUUAAAAGGUUUCUCUGCGUCUGA